AUGGCAGUAAGGUUUGCCUACCUCGGUGUUCCUGGCUUUGUUCUUAAAGGUGAACGUGUGUGGCUUGAUUGCGCUUACGACCUAGAACAGGAUGAGUUGUAUUCCGUAAAAUGGUACAAAGACAACGUAGAGUUCUACAGAUACUUGCCUAGUGAUACUCCUUCAGCGCAAAUGUAUAAGCUCGAUGGAGUAUUUUUAGACUUACACAGCUCCAAUGCCACACAUGCCCACUUAUAUACGAGCGAAUUAGAAAGCGAGGGGACGUAUGGGUGUGAAGUUUCCACAGAAGUUCCCUCCUUUAGAACAAUUAAGGCUGAGAAAACGAUGCACGUUUAUGUUAUACCCAAAGAAGAUCCAAUCAUUUAUGGAGUUUCAAACAACUACGGAAUCGGAUCCGAAGUGAAUGCUACUUGCGUGUACGGUCCUUCCAAGCCUGCAGCUGAGCUUACUUGGCACAUUAACGGCGAAAAGGCUCCAAAUUCUUAUACUCAUGAGCCAAAGGAGGACGGCUAUCCAGGUGAGCUCCAAAUCAGUGAAUCACGACUCAAUUUUGUGAUAGAACCUAGCCACCUUUGGCAAGGUGUGCUCAGUAUUGAGUGCACAGCAUCCUUUGCUCUCGUCUACUCAAACAGCAGUCGAGAGUUAAUAGUAAGUGAUGGCAUUUCGGGAGCUGAAUUUCAACACGUGCCCCAUGUACCACCAGGUCACGAGGGUCCAAGCAUCACCGGAAGUAAAAGAGGUUAUUUAGUCGGUGACUUGGUGGAUGUGAACUGCACAUCAGCACGCUCAUCUGAACCUGCCCAGCUACAGUGGUACGUCAAUGACGAGGAGGUAAAAGCAGAGUUUCUUGCUGAAUAUCGUCCAGUUUUGUAUCCAGAUGGCCUCUCUUCGACUAAGCUGGGUCUCCAGUUUCGUGUGCAAAGGGAGCAUUUCAAGGGAGAAGAAAUGAGAUUGAAGUGCACAUCCGCUUUGUCAAAAGUUCUCAAAAAGAACUCUGAGAUACUUAUUAGUGGGAGUUACCAGCGAAGUUCCGGACUUCAAGUUGCUGAUAACUCUGAAUCAGAUUUCAAGAGAAUGUCGGGAUCAAAACCUGAAAAAAGAGGAAGUACAUGGGAUGAAGAUAGUUCAAGUCACGCUAUGGAAGCUUUCGAUGGUGUUCAAGAAAUAAUUGUUGAGUUUUUAAAAGAAGAUUAUAAUAUGUUAAGCAUUUAA